AUGACCUCAUCAAGUGUCGUUGUCAUCGCUCACGUCUAUUGUCGGGAAGACCAACUACACGAACCGAGUCUGGCUGUGUCAAAAUGGAAAAAUGAAGAGGCUUUGCAACUACACUUUCAAAUGGAACAUUUUAAACAAGCUGGCGAACAGGUCAAACCAUUUUGUGCUAAGCCCGUCGAAAUUCUGAAAUAUAAAAAACUUCUCUGA